AUGGAUCUCGCGCCCAAUGCCAAGACCUACGCGACGGUCCUGGAUGCGUGCGCGAGCGUGGGCGCGAUCGAGACUGGGCAACACAUCCACUCGUUGAUCAAUCCCUCGAUGCUCAAGGGCGAUGCUGUCAUCGGCACUGCGAUGAUCAAUCUCUACGCGAGAUCCGGGAUGAUAGAUCUCGCAAAGCGGUUGUUUGAUUCAGUUGUGACAAGAGAUCCAGUGGCGUGGAGCUCCAUGAUCGCAGCAUUUGCCCAGAAUGGGCAUUCUUGCGAUGCGCUAGAUCUUUUCCGUGAGAUGACCGACGAGAAGGAGAUCUCUCCCGAUGCGAUUACGUUCUUGGGCGUGCUCGCAGCGUGCAGCCACGGCGGCCUCAUUGAUCACGGCAUCAAACAAUUCGUGUCGAUGAUCCAGGAGUUCGAGAUCAAGCCAGCGAGGGAGCACUUUGGAUGCGUGAUCGAUCUCCUGGCAAGGACCGGGCGGAUCAGUGAUGCAAUCGAGCUCUUGUAUGCCAUGCCCUGUGUUGCAAACGAGGUGGUCUGGACCUCGGUGAUGAACGCGUGCCGUAUCCACGGCGACAUGGAGCAGGGGAUGGUGGCAGCGGAGGAGGUGAUGAUGCGAGAGCCUGAGAACCCUGAGGCCUAUAUUGCCAUGGCUGGAUUUCUUGUGCAAGGUCGACUCCACGAACUUACACUUCUUACGUUUACAGUGAAGCCUGAACAGCCUGAUACCUAG